AUGUUGUCCCCCACCGAGAUUGGUGCCCUCAUCUGUCUUGCAUGGGCCACCUUCGUCGUCGCCGUGCAGAUCAUCGGCAUCAGUGCUACUUUCCGAUACUUUUCCCGUCGGCCGCCUCCUUCGGUCUCGUCCAAGCUGGGCCCUGACGCUCCCGCUGUGACAAUCAUUCGACCCGUGAAGGGCCUUGAUCCUCACCUGUACAACUGCAUCGCGUCGACCUUUCGGCAGGACUACCCGAUUGAUAAAGUUUCGAUCCGCCUCUGCGUUGACAGCGAGAACGAUGCUGCAUAUCCGACUCUCCAGAAGCUCGUCGCCGACUUCCCAGCGUUUGAUGCACAGGUUCUUGUCGAGAGCCGCGAUCCGGGUCUGCACGGUCCCGACGCACGCCCGAUGGGCCCGAAUCCCAAGGUGCGCAAUAUCAGCAGAGCAUACCGAGAAGCCAAGGGCGACAUCGUAUGGAUCAUCGAUUGCAACGUUUGGGUUGCCAAAGGCGUCCUCGGACGCAUGGUGGACAAGCUCGUCGGUUACGGCAGCGGCGAGACACGGGUGAAACCGUACAAAUUCGUGCACCAGAUGCCGCUCGUCGUCGACAUGUUCCGAUUUCCGCAACCCUUGCCAUCUUCUUCGUCGGCAUCUCAUUCUUCCCCUUCGGGCGCGGCGCCUGAGGCGGACGAAGCGGUCGAUGCGACCGACAGCAUGCUUACUGAUAUCUGCCGUAACGGCGGUGGGCGCCUCGAUGAGAUGUUCAUGGCGACGACGCACGCCAAGUUUUACGGGGCCAUCAACUCGGUCGGGAUCGCCCCGUGCAUUGUGGGGAAGAGCAACAUGUUUCGAAAGUCCCAUCUGGACCGGGUGACGGCUCCCGCGCACAACCCGGCAACGAGAAAAGAUGGCAGAGAGGCGACGGGGGUCGACUACUUCUCGUACAACAUCUGCGAGGACCACCUGAUCGGUGACCUGCUUUGGCGAUCAAAGAUUCCCGGCUACUUGAAUCACGGGCUUGUCUGGGGCGAUCUGGUCGUACAACCGAUGGCCGGCAUGUCCGUUUCCGCAUACACGGCUCGAAGGGUCCGAUGGCUGCGUGCGCGCAAGUUCACGGUCCUUGCCGCCACUCUUGUCGAACCGGGCGUCGAAUCUCUGCUCUGCUGCGGCUACCUCGCAUUCGCUCUGACCUCUCUACCGUACUUCAACGACAAGAUGGGAAUUCCACAAACAUGGAGCGCCAUGGGCAUCGCAUGGGCCGUUGCUGUCCUCACUUGGAUGGCCAUGGACUGGCUUGUAUUUCGACGCAUACACUCGGGCCAGACGGUGGAUGUGAAUGAGGAUACGCCCCCGUUCGCCCGAGGAUCGAGCCAUUCAGGUGGCCAGCAGGAGAGGACUUUCCGAGAAUGGGCCCUAGCCUGGGCCGGACGGGAAUGUAUGGCACUGCCCAUCUGGACUUGGGCCGUGCUGCUGGGCACGACGAUCAGUUGGAGGGGAAAGACGUUUCGCGUCCGAAUGGAUACGUCUGUGGUUGACAUGACGCAGGAAACGCGAAACACAAGAGACGAAUCGUUCGCGAAGAAGGCAAGAAAAGACCGAGUCGAGUAG